GUGACAUAUUUAGUGAUAGUUCAAAUGUUGUGAUGCAUUGUGAAACUCUCAUAUAUUGGUGAACGUGUAGAAUUAACCUUUGUGUGAAACCUUCCUGUUGUAGUGAACAAUGAAGCUUUAGUAAAAUAUGAAAUUUAUUUAAAUCAAUGAAUGAAUAACCUUCAAUCAAGUGAAGCAAAAGGAUUUGUGAUAAUUGAGUGCAUACAGUGCUACAACAAUCACACCUAGUUUUAUGAGUUAACCACUCAUGUACUAUGAACCAUCCCGCCUUCGGUAAGCCGUUAGUGACAUCAACCAUUACUUCAACGAUGGCAUCCAGUGUAGUGAACUCUACGCCCUCCUCAAUGCACCACGUAGAUCCGGUAGCAAACAAUCGAGUAAAAAACAGUUUCUCGAUCGAACAUCUGCUCGCUAAACCAGAUCGAUCGGGUACAGCAUCGACUUCGUCCGCCGCAUGCUAUCGUGGGAUGGAUGAUCGUCUCGCUAGCUCCUAUCCCAUCGCUCACCCUGCCCAACUGCACAACAGUAUGGUUUAUCAAACGUUGAUGACUCGCAGUGCGUCGGCAGUUGAGUUUUUGGAUGUGAAUAAAAAUGAAACGAGUGCUGUUCCGUUUGCCGCCGAUCGCCCACCGUCGGAACGGGCAGAAUCUUCUUCGCCCGAGUCAAGCUGCAACGAGGAUACGAUGGAUAAUUGUUCGGAGAUCGCAUCCGAAGGAAGUGCUAGUGGAGGACUGGCUGCUCACGAUGAUAGAAAGAAACGACCACGCACUGCAUUUUCAGCGGCUCAGAUCAAAGCAUUGGAGACGGAGUUUGAGCGCGGCAAGUACCUAUCCGUCGCCAAGCGUACCGCACUGGCCAAACAGCUACAUCUAACCGAAACUCAAAUCAAGAUAUGGUUCCAAAACCGACGCACCAAGUGGAAACGCAAAUAUACAGCGGACGUUGAGUCACUCGCCUCACACUACUACUCCCAGCUUGGCAUUGGAAGUUUUGCCCGUCCGAUGGUCGUGGGGGAUCGGUUGUGGUUGUUCAGCCAAACACCGAACGGACCAACGCCCGUCCAAUCACUCCUGCUAAAUGGUCCACAGCCAGGAGCUGCUGGUGCAUCGCAUCCAGCACUCGGUAUGCAACAUCCCGCUGCCAUUAGACCUUACCCGACUCUUUCCGGGCCUAUUCCCAUGAACGCCGGUCCCAAUUUCCCCCCACGUCCAGGAAUGCCACCGGGAGCGUACCUUUCCAGUAUACCCUCGGCGGCAGCAGCUGGACCUGGCGGAUUUCUACACAAAAUUCCUUCACCAUCGCCCCAAAGUCGAAUGGCACAACCGCUUGGUUUGAGGCCACUGUCGUCGGGAGAACUCUUGGAAGGAGCCUACUACACUGCAGCUGGAAUGCCCGGACCAAAGUUUAAUCCAAAUGAGCUAAUCAACGGAGGAUUGCUGGCAACGGAUGGUAACAGUUCGGGAAUAGCCGAUCUUGAGCGUGCUUUUGGCAAUCCGAGCAAUAUGAUCGAGAGCCUAGCAACGUCCAAUCCAACUGAAGCAUCGAUCGCUGGUGGUGUGCGUACCGGCGGUAAGAAGGGUGCCGAUUUGAUGAACAACAACGAGUGUGCCAUUAAGGAUGGAUUGGCCUCCAGCGAGCAGGAUUCGUCGAGUGAAAUAGAUUGUGAAGAGAUUGAGGAUGAAUCAAUGAUUUGACAAGUAGAAUUAUUAGAAUUAUCACGAAUGAUUUGACCGUGUGUACUAGUGUACACACACACUAAUGAAAGUGGUC